ACAGAAUUUAUUCAAUGCUCUUCUUUGUAUGUCUGUAACAAAUAUUUGUAAUGUUCCUUUAAGUAAUGCGUUUGGUCCAGAACUCAGUGGAGCGGAAGUAACAUUCAGUGCGGACUUUUUAGAGUGUGACACAAGCAACAAGGACUAUGGGGGCGUGGGUUUCUGCAUCUCCUCGCCAUCUUCAUACAGGACUUAAGUAUAUAAAGGACUCAUGUCAGUUGUUAUGGUGAAGUUAUGUGUCAAGUCCAAUUUUUGAUCCGCUCAUUGAGAAGAGUGAAGUGCAACUCCGAAGUUGAUCGUAUUUCUCCCGUUUGGUUACAGCAGGCAAUGAGUUCUCACGAUGGCAACGCUGAGUGAUCCUGUUGGUGAGCUUGGAAUAAACCAUCUGUAUAUAAAGAACUUGUCCUCGUGGUGACUGACGGGAGUAACAGUGAGAACUCAUCUGCUCCUUGAGAGUGGACGAGAAGGAAGUGAACACAACCCAAGUCGCCUACAAGAGAUGUCCUUGCACAAGACUCCACCAGAUGCCACCAGCCAAGAACGGGUUUGAAUGUCCUAACAAUACUAAGGAAAGACACAGUGAAGGGUUCAAGUGUGCUGCAGAAAUUUAAGCUGAAGAUCACCUACAAGUUUGGAUGCUUUAAAGUGCAAGCAAAUAGGUCCUAAGGUGUUUUCAUUAUAUCUGCAUCAAGAACAUUCAAGUUUACGAUAAUUUAAAGUGUUGAGCUAUUUAUGCUUUCAUAUUAUUGUUGGUAAUUUCAGACCCAUGCUACUGAAACUUUAAGUUUCACAAGUCUUGGACUUUAAGUUUGUAAGAAUAGAUUACUCAAAGUGUUCGCUGAUAUUCUGCAAGUUCAUCUUCUGUGAUUAAUCCAACUUAACCACGUUUAUAUAAUCAGUCUCUAAGAGGUGCUAAUUUAAGUAAUGUGAAAUUGAGUGUGCAUUGUUCAUUUUUGUGGUUUUACUAAAUCAACCCAAGUGCAUCCAUUCACCCCAACUGAAUCCAACAUGUCAGUCACAAAUGCAUCUAAAGAUUAUGAUAAACAUGAGGAAAGGAAUAAUACCAAACCCCAGGAAUAUCCUCCACUGUGCAGUUCUCCUCCACAGAACAUAGAUGGUCUGCAAGAAACCCAAGGAACAUUAGAGGUUCAGACAUCAACGAGUAAGUGUCCACAAACUACACAGGAUGUACAACAAGCACCUCGCAAAAGCCAUCGGUCACGAACAUUAACUGAGAAGGGAAGAGAAAUGUUGAAACCCAGGAUUAAAGAGUUGGAACAAAGCUUCAAGAUUAAGUAUGAAAAGUGGAAGGUUCUAGCAAAGGAUGCACAUCAUUCACUUUCUGGCAGCUGUUCAGAUGAAGAGCUACAAACCAUAAUAAACAACAUCUCCUGUGCAUCCAGAGAACUAAAUACAGCAUAUGAAAAUUGGCGUAAGGUGGACAAUCCUGAUAAUAAUGCAAGACGCAGAAUUGACAGCAGUGAAGAGAUAACGAAAAAUGUUAUUGAGACUGCAAAAUGUUAUUUGAGAGGAAAGAAACCAGUUGACACACAGUUUAUUGGACAUGAAUCUUUCUUAAUGUCUGAGAAGUCAUAUCACACCAGCAAGCACUCACAGAGCUCUAGUGUGUGCAAAGACUCACAAAGAUCAUCAAGGGUCACCUCUAAGUGUUCCAGUGCAACAUCCAUGAGCAGACAAGAAGCUGCAGCUAAAAUUGCUGCAGCUGAAGCAACUCUGGAAAUUAUACAUGAACAGCAGUGUCAACAAGCAGAGCUUCUAAGACUGGAAGCUGAAGAUAAAAGACAGAUUGCAGAGCAAACAGCUGAAGCUUGUAGACGACGUUUAAGGAUGGAGGAAGAAGAAGCCCUGCUAAAGGCAAAACUGGAGGUGGAAAAUGCUGCCAGGCGGAAAAUUUUGGAAGACAAGCGAAGGGAACUGGAACGGUUGGAAGCAAUCAAACAGCUAAGUGCUGCGAAGGCAUCAAUGCAAGUAUAUGAGCAAGAUGAAAAUUCAGAAGAAGAAAUUAGGCAGUUGCUACAUGAUUGCAGAUUGGAAAGGGAGAAGGAAAGUGACAGAAUUGACUACAAGGGUCGAAAUGUUAACGCACCAGAGCUUCCUUCUCCACAACAUACCGUUACACAGCCACUGCAUGAUGGCAGUAUAGCAGCACUUGCUAGGGUGUUGGCAGAUUCUAUCAGUGCCAGUCGUCUUCCUAUACCAGAGCCAACUGUAUUCAGUGGUGACCCUCUGAAGUAUAAGAAUUGGAAAGCUGCCUUUCAAACUUUGAUAGACAGAAAAAAUAUACUGGCAUCUGAAAAAAUCUACUAUUUAGGCAAGUACGUUGGUGGACCAGCUAAGAAGGCCAUUGAAAAUUAUUUCCUGCUAGGCACAGAGGCUGCUUACAUUACAGCAUGGGAGGUUUUAGAGGAAAGAUUUGGAAACUCUUUCCUUAUUGCAAAGGCCUUCAGAGACAAACUAAAUGCAUGGCCCAAGAUUGGCUCCAAGGACAGCUUAGAGCUUCAGGAGUUUGUAGACUUCCUGCAUAGCUGUGAAACUGCGGUAACCCAGAUUAAUGGAUUAGAGAUUCUUAAUGAUUGCAACGAAAAUCAAAAAAUCCUCUCCAAGCUUCCUGACUGGCUGACUUCAAGGUGGAAUCGAAAGGUCUUAAUAAUAGAAGAAGAAACUGGAAGAUUUCCAAGCUUUAGCCAGUUUGUACAGUUUCUUAUUAAGGAAGCAAAGAUUGCAUGCAAUCCUGUUACCUCACUCCAUGCUUUGAAACAAUGUGAUGGGGAAAGGGCCAAACCACAAGGAAAGCGGGGUCAUGCAGCUAAGGUUCUAUCAACAAACAGUGAUGAGAAGAGUGACACCUUAACUUGUGGCUGUAGCUCAAGACAGCACGUUCUCUAA